ACCUACAGGCUACAGCAUUGCGGUUCGCUGCACACCACACUGCCGCUCCGUCGCCGAGCCGCAUGAGCACGGGAGGCGGCACCACCUUGCGCGAGCUGACGGCCCUCCUCUCCACGCUGCGCCGCGCGCGACUCCAACACCCCGCUCACGCUGCGCAGCUCCACGCCCGCCUCCUCAUCUCUGCUGGCGCGCGUCCUCACCCGCACCCGGUCCUCCUCACGCAGCUCGUCUCCCUCUACGCCGCCGCGGGCCGCCUCGCCGACGCGCUCCGCGCCUUCCGCGCCCAUCUACCCAGCGCCAACCUGCACACCUAUGCCGUCCUCGUCUCCGCCUUCGCGCGGCCGUACCCGGACCUCGCGUUCUCCCUCUUCUCGGGCUCGCGCCGCCAGCUCCGCCCCAGCCCCCAUGUCAUCUCCGCCGUGCUCGCCGCAUGCGCCGGCCUCCAGCCUCUCUGCGGACGCCAGGUCCACACGUGCGCGGCCAAGGUCGUACCGCCCGGCGAUGUGUUCGUCUACACCGGGAUGGUCGACGUGUACGCCAAGGGCGGGGACAUGGAGUCGUCCAGAAAGGUGUUCGAUGAAAUGCUGAACCGGGGCGCGGCGUCGUGGAACGCGCUCCUCGUUGGUUACGCCAGGAACAAGAUGUGCCUCGAAGCCCUGUCGGUGUUCAGGGAGUUGGCCGCGCAGGGGCGGGAGGUGUCUCUCGAUCAGGUGAGCGUGUCGAGUGUGCUCAGCGCUUGCGCUGUGGCAGGGGCCCUGAACUAUGGUCGCCAGGUACACGCGUGCGCUACCAAGGUAGGGCUGGAGCUCAGCGCGGUUUGUGUCAGCAACGCUCUUCUUGACAUGUACACCAGGUGUGGAUGCUCACGAGAAUCUUCCGCUCUGCUAAAUGCUGUGGGUUGCAGGGAUGUUGUCACCUGGAACAUCAUCAUUCGUAGCUGCAUUCAUGACAAUCGGUUCAAGGAAGCUUGUGUGCUGUUCCGGUCCAUGGUCAGGAACGGUACCUUGCCGGAUGAUGUAGCCUUUGCUACUGUGUUGCAGGCAUCAGCGUGUAUGUCGGCAUGGGCUAUAGGAGCAAGCAUGCAUGCCUCCGUCGUGAAGACAGGGUUCUUAUACAGUGAUGGCGUCACUAGCUCGCUAAUCACCAUGUAUUCCAAAUGUGGCUGCUUGGACGAUGCACACCGAGCAUUUGUGGGGGCAAAAGAUCAUCUGCAUAUAAUGUCCUGGACGGCCAUGAUAACUGCACUGCAGCAGCAUGGACAUGGCAUGCAGGCAAUUGAUGUAUUUGAGAAUAUGCUAGAGAAUGGCAUUCCUCCUGACCACAUCACAUUUGUGAGUGUUCUCUCUUCCUGUAGCCACAGCGGACUUGUUGAGCAAGGACGCAGGUACUUCGAUUCGAUGACUCGAGUUCAUAAGAUCACACCACAGAAUGAGCACUAUGCGUGCAUGGUUGACAUGUUUGGGCGAGCAGGCCUUCUAACUGAGGCAAAGCGAUUCAUUCACCAGAUGGGACCUAAGCAAGAUGCAUCAGUCCUUGGGGCACUCCUUUGGGCUUGCAUGAACUGCAGGGACCUUGAGAUGGGUAAGGAGGUUGCCAAGAAGCUUUUUGUGAUUGAGCCAGGUAAUACCGGGAACUAUGUCCUGCUUGCUAAUAUCUAUACGUCACAUGGAAGAUUGGAGGAGGCAAAGGAGGUGCGGAGGUGGAUGAUGUUUCAGGAGUUAAGGAAGGAAAAGGGAUGCAGUUUAAUCAACAAUUGAGAACCAAAUCUGUACCUUAUGAAUACUUCAGCAAAGGUGAGGUUUCUAUUGUCUCAAGGAUGGUACCUGCACUUGUCAAACAUAAAAGCUCGCUACCUAUUUUAUCUAGACACAAUUAAGGCAAUAAGGCCUACUGGAGUUUCUGCAUACUCAAGGGUUCAUGGGCAUCCAAGGCUCCCAGCAGUGGAAUCUGCAAGGUAUGGUUCAUUCGAACCAUAUACGAAGAAGUUUACUUCCUUAUUAGUGAGAGCAGAAGACAGAAAAUGCAGAACAGUUGUAUAGUGUUUCAAAGGUGUUGCCUACGCACGUCCAGCCGUCUCCAGAAAAUGAGGAAAUAGAGCAGUACAGCAUCUCUUGCAAGAACUUCUACUGUGGUGCCAUCAUGUUGGAUCACAUUUUUUUGGCAGUCAGAUGAGAGCCUCAGGGUCAGGUUAAGGUUCCAAGUUUGUUUUCUUCCACAUGAGACCUUGUUUCGAUGCACUUGUAUCAAACUCAAUUCAAGUUUAAAUUAUAAACCAAUCCACUCCAACACUCCAACACACAUGGAUCGAGGUAGAAAAAGUGUAUCUAAGUGUGUAGAUGUUUAUCCCUUGGCAAUAUUCCUGUUUGAGCUUCCUCUUCUUUUAUCCGUGGCUACUCAGAGUUGUAUCUGUGGUAGAGAUAAAGGAAUAUGAAACGUGACAUAGUGUGUAGAUGUUUAUUUAAGCUUUGUGUCUCCAUGUUUCUAGUUUUUACUAAGGUGAAAUUACCUAGUUCUGGAUUUUAAUACCAAACAGGGAGCAGGCCCAUGCCUUGGCCAA